AUGGCUGCCUGUGGUCUAGACUGCAUGAAGGGUAAAUACACGUAUGCAGGUGCCCUUUUUGGGCUGUUAGUGCCAUGCAGAUGUAUCUCAGACACACGCAGGAGCAGAAAAAGAGCUUGUGAUAAGAUUAUCAGAUCGAUAGUGGGUACAUCUCGCAGAUACGAUCGGCCGACAACUUCUCGGUCAAUGCUUAAGUAA